AUAUAUAUAUGUAUAUAUAUAUAUGUAUAUAUAAACACACACAUACAGGCACACACGAAUACACUUAAUUAUACACACAUAUAUACGCACAAACAGACAUAAACGCAUUAUAUAUGUUCAUUCACACAAACACAAAAAAUUAGAAAACACAAACUAAAAAUAUUUCCAAACAGGUAAAUUACACACACGUACACACACACUGACACUAACACACACUCACGCGCACACACACUGACACGCACAUACACUCACACCCAUACUCAUCCACACACGCACACACACACACACAUAUAUGUACAUACAUAUCCAGGCGCUUAAGCGAAAUGCACGUGUUCGAAUCCAGGUGCGGAUAUCGGAGCCACUAACAACGGUGUGUGACAAACUUACCUGAGGCUGUUGGCAUCUGUUGGAGAUAUUUACCUAACACACGCCGUGAACCCGAGUGAAAACAGAUACCUUUACAAGUGUCAUUGUAGCAUAUACGAAGGUGAUCGGAUGUUACUUCAAUUAACCUUAACGCCAUCGUCGAUGUUACGACCAUAACAGUUGAUAUUCUUAAUGACAUAAACUAAUUAAGCCUCAAUUUAAAGGCAGAGAUCUGAGUUGAAUUAGUAAAUUGCCAGUAAAAUUGGACGUAGAAAACAACAACAAUCUCAGUUACAACAACAAUAACUAUUACUACUACUGCUCCUAUCACCUCCACCAUCAGCGAUGUGUACGCCUUCCUAUAUAUUCCUUGUUCUCUUUAUCGCAUUCACUGACAAAAUCAAAGGAAUUUGGAGUGAUUGCCAGUUCCCAGAUUACCUCCAAAGUCCGUCCUACGAUGCAAAACUGAAACCGUGGGGUACAAGAAUGUGGUGGCUAAACGGCCGAGGUCAGCCGCCCAAGUGGGUGGAGAGGCAAGAGGUGUACGUGAGUGGCGGCGUAAUAUGGCGUUAUAAAGAGUUUCCUACAAAGAGAUGUGAAGGCUUAAUCAAACACAGAUUGUGGGAGUGUCCGGACAGUAGAGAGAUGCUUUACAAUAGGACGUGUUUAAUGAAGGAGAGGUCUGAUACAUACAGAGUCAUUGAACAUUAUCCAGUCAGGAUUCCAAAAUUUACCUGCAUGAAAUUUCUUCAGAGGACGAAGAAUGUUGUACAAGUUUUUGAAAGACCUCCAACAGAUACAAAUGCUCCUGAUUUGUGUGAUGAGAAAUACCUAAGACUUGAUGAUUGGCCCUGGGUCGGUGAGUAA